CACUUGCAUACUACCCCACACUACACUUCCUCUUGCAUUUUCUUCAGUGAUUCCCAAGAUUCAACUAUAAUACUCAACUUACAAAAGCAUAGCCACCCUCCACAAACUCUCAUUAGUCCCUCCCUUGACUUAAAACCAGUUUCUUUUGAAUACUCGUCUCUCUCUCUCUGAUUUCACAUCAUAUUUCGGCAACACACAUUCCUUCACCAUGGAUUGGUUCUCAUGGCUUUCAAAGACCGGCCUUGAACCCUCCCUAGUGUAUGAAUAUGGCCUUGCUUUUGCUCACAAUGAGCUUGAAGAAGAAGACAUAGUUUACUUCAACCAUGAGUUUCUCCAGAGCAUGGGCAUCUCCAUAGCCAAGCACAGACUAGAAAUUCUCAAGUUAGCUCGGAAGGAGAAGGGGAAAAGCCCUCCUGCAGUAGCAAGGCUAAUUGUGGCGAUCAAGAGGACAAAGAGGUGCUUAGCUAAUUACAUUCGGACAUUCGCUCACUGUGACGAAUCAGCUCUUGUGGUUGUGCCAACAAAGCGUACUAGUUAUGGUACUAGGUGGAAGAGUGCAGUGGUGAAGAGAAACAAAAGGCUGAUGAUUGCUAAGCAAGAGAGGCUCUUUCUCACCAAUGGAACUCCAACAACAGUAGUGCCUGCUUUGCCUGGUCUUGAAGGGUUUUCUAGUCCUGUGCUGUACACAGACCAGAAGGAGGAGAAGAUGGAGGCAGAUGAAGAAGAUGGGUAUUGGUCAGCUGCUAUGGAAGAGAUCAGGUGGGAUACUUUGUUCAAGGAUUUGAAACCCAACUAAAAGCUCUUCCUUUUCUUAAUAUUUCUUGGUAAAAUUGCAAACCCAGGAAAUUUAACAGAUGUGUUUAAAUUCUUCUAGGUCCAGGGAGGGAGAUAAUUGUAUUUUUCCCCAUUUUCGUAGGCGGUUAACUUCAUCCUUGAUUUUAAAUUAAUGGGUGAAAAAUAAAGCAUUUUGGGUUCUUCUACCAGAGAGAUUUGAAUAUGUUCUUUAUAGGAUCUUACUUUUUUUCCUUUUAGUGGUUGGUGGGUCAUGCAGAUGGGUAACUUUUGGCAACUUGUCUGAUUUAGUCAUAAGACUGUCUCCUUUGCUUUUCUGUAUGUUCAUGUCUUUUAGCUUGAUAGGGGAAAAAUUGUGCUAGAUUAGCGUCUUUACAGGGAGAGAAGGAUUGGAACAGACAAUUAGGUUUAAGAUCUGUUGCAGAUUAGUCUCUGCUCGGGGCCUUGAGCUUUUGCAUUGUACUAGGCAUUGUGGUGAAUAUACAUAUUUUAGACGAGUGAGUAUAUCUAAAACUUGUUUGGCAA